CGCCGAAACUAUCGCUGAUCGAAGGAGAGAACGAGGCGCGAUGAGGUAAAAUAUAAAGAUCCAUAACCAAUGAAGACAUGGAUGAGAUGUUGGAACUUUGACCUUUCAAGCAACCCAGAAAAAAUUGAGAUGGAAAUAAUGUCCCCUGUUUUUAUGGACUAAAUAAAGUAGUUUCUUUUUAUCAAUUAAAAAUGUGAGCCACCAGUUCAACAGCCUAACGGUUCCUGAGAUGACUCAAAACCAUUGGUCUUACAACUCCGAGAGUAAUAUAGAGGCACCAAGCCUAUAACAACCGAUCCAAUAUGACUGAAGAGCUGAGCAGGGCGUCAGCCGAACAGGAUGAGACGGAGCCAGUGGAGAUUGUGUCGGUGAUCUUAAAUGACGUGCUGCCAGUUGGAGCAGACUUUGUUUCAGCCGAUGUGGCACACACGAUGGAGAACGUUCUUUCUUACGAUGUGGAACACACUUUGGAGAACGACUUGUCUGACAAGGUGACAGUUGAGUCACUUCCUGAUUGGCUGAAGCCAAUGGAGGAGGACGAUGUUGAUGAAGGAGUUGAGAUGGACAAGACCAAUGACGUUCCGAAAGUAAAACGACGCAGGGGUAGGCCUCCUCGUGCCAAAAAUAUCAGAAAAAGAUUGCUAAUGGAAGGCCUUGUGAAAACUAAGGGUGUUGCUACAAUUAGAGACCGCACACAUUCAAGCCAGUCAGCAAGAACUGCCACUCCUCGCCCAUAUCCGACCCGCACACCUGAAACUCACCAGAGCACCUCUCGGAGCCAGAUGUCCACACCCCAGAGACCCCAACUCACGCCCAUAUCACCCCCAGAGGGCAGUGCCAUCUCCCAGACAGCCAACACAGAAUUUAGGAGCCCUCCGCGCCUCACAAGGGUGUCCCCGCUGAAUGUAGGCACAACUGGGGCACUGAAUCCCUGUCACUCUCCUGUGGUAAAAGUGGGCAAUGUUUCCCAACAGAAAACGAUCUCUUCUACCACACCUGGGAAAGACAGCACUGAGCCACCUCUUCGACUCUGGCUUUGCCCAUCUAUGGAACCCAUUAGCCCUACAAAAACUCAGGAAACACUCUCAGAUCGGACCGUACCAAUUGUGUCGCCAAAUAUUCCAGAGGCUACACUCAAUGGAAGAAAGCCAGUAAAGGAGGAAAGUUUUCCUCUGCUCAGUGACUGCUUUAACUGUGGCUGCCCAUUUCCUGCUAAGAAAGCUGGAGACAUGUUGUGCCCAGGAUGCACACCUGAGAAGAAGCAAUCUCCUCCAAACAUAGUAUUUAGGAAGGUGGGGCAAGAUCAGUGGGCGGUUGGGAAAACAAAACUUCCAAAAAAACAAAUACCGAAAAAACAUCCCAGAUACAUCCCAAAGAAAGUUUUAAAAAAGGGUUUUGUCCCUGAUGGUGAUGACGAUGAUGACGACGACGAUGAUGAAUUUGGGGGUGGAAAUAAAAAACGGAAUCGCAGAAUGUGCCAACAAUGUGUUGCGUGUCUCCGGGACAUCGACUGUGGCGAGUGUGACUUUUGCAGGGACAAGCCCAAGUUUGGUGGCAGUAACAAGAAACGACAGAAAUGUCGCAUGCGCCAGUGCCAGUUUCAGUCAAAGCUACAGUAUCGAAGCUCACGUGUUGAGCGGAGUCCAUCAUUUUCACGAAGAAGAAAGUACAACAAGCCUGGGAGACCAUCAAAAAAGCGUAAAAACGCACGUCAUCCCUGGGAUAAAGAUUAUGAUGAAGAUGAUGUCAUCACUGAUAAGGAAGAUAAAGUGGAUUUGAGACGUUUUAAGAGGAAUGGCUCCAGGUCUAGAGGAAGGAGAAAAUGGAAUUACAGUUUAAAAGAAGAGGAAGAGGAUACGUUUGUUGAAGCCGUAAUUGGUGACGAUGAUGAUGAUGAUGUUGAUGAUGAUGAUGAUGAUGAUGAUGAACCAGACAACCUGGAGGCUUCCAUUACUCUGGGCAACGAGAGGUCGCUGGUGAUAUCUAAUGAUAUUUAUUUAAACACCUGUGGACUCAAUGCUCAGUCUGAUGCUUUCCCAUUGGUUCAUAAUGAGCCUGUGAAAAAUGAUAUCCAACCACCUCAAUCUCAGGACCUAUACUACACCAUGCCUGGUCUGCCAGGGACGUUGGGUGAAGAUGUCAUUCAGAAUGGCUUUCUGCAGAUUGAGAUGGUUAGAGUGGGGUCUCCACUGUCACAAUACAUAGAAGAACCACAGAACACAGCGCAGCACGUGACAGAACCUCCACAAGAGGAGUCCACACCGGUGAUAACUCAGAUCUUCAGUCUGGCUGAGAGCAACUCUGACCAAAACCAAGGCCUGCUGCAGCUGCUCACCACCCUUCGCCAGACCGUGCUGCCCGCCCACUGGGUGGGCGUCAUGGCCAGAGGCCCCGUUCUCCAGCUUCUGCAGUGCUCCAAGCUCUCCACCAUGGCAGAUACGGUGGUUCAGAUCGAUAAGAACUUCUUCUACCAGAUCAGUGUUCAAAACCAGCCACUGCUGCUAAUGCACCCCAUCUACACGCGCCACCCCACCUGCCUUACCAUGGUCGACUAUGUGGUGUCGCUGUUGCUGGACUUGGAAGGGCUGAGCGUGUGUCAGGGCUACCAGAACUUAGAGCCGAGGUGUCACUGGGAGCCCAGGAUGAGUGUGCGAUCAGCUCUGUGUGAUUUGCUCAUUCCUAAAGAUGAGGAUCAGUGUGAAAAAUGUGAGCAGCCCACAUAAGACCACACUAAUGACCACUGAGUGGGAUACAUGGGUAGAUAUAUGAACUGAAUGGCCAGUAGUUUGUGGACACCUCAUUGUAAUGAUCAGGUUUGGCUAUUCUAGUAAUUCAAGUGGAAACAAAUCUUGAUGAUGCACCAUAAAGUGACAUUUUAGAGAAUUCGGUGCUUCCUACUUUGUUGCAUCAGUUUGACGACAGCUAAAAAGCAGUAAUGCUUUUGUAGCUUUAAGAUUUGUCCUCAUAGAAAUCAAUUGAAUAGCCAAACUGGUUCAUUAGAAGGGGAUGAUCACAUAUUUGGGCAUGCAGUUUGUCAGAGAGGUGAGGUUAUUUGUAAUAUCGCAAAGCUUGAUUUCGAGUUCAGAAAUGAAUUCUGAGAGUUUACUGUACAUUUUGAAACAUCUUUUAGGUAGUCCAGGUUUUAAGCUUAUUUUCAAUUCUUUAACCUGUUAUGGUGAAGUCAGCUGUCUGGAGCAGCACAUGCAAACAAGAUGCAAAAUGGUGCUUUUGCGUUUUAUUUUAUUUUCGGAAAAGUGGCAAUUGGAGAUCACCGAUUUGGCGAAAAGGACAUGAGCAGCUCCUUCUGCCAACAACAUCCGAAAAUGGUGUUUCUUUUUUAUUUUUUUCCAUUGUGGAAGUCAAUGACAGCAGCAACAACAAAAAAAGUCUCUUGAGAAAUGACUCCGUAACUAAGCUGAAAUACAUUCUUUCCAAAUAAGGGGAAAGAAGAUUGAGUUUAUGUUAUAAUUUAACUACCUCUUGAUGAUUUAAUGGACCAACUUUAACUUUAACACCUCCGAGGUUUUCUUAUUCAUCGCUUCAGUGUAGAUUUGGUUUAACACAACUGUUUAGUUGGCGAACAUGUUUAUGUAGUGCGUUCAAAAUGCUGUUCUGUACUGUAUAUUAAUGGUUACACUGGCUUUCUCAUAGUAAAUUUGGGAUUGAUCACUGAUUCAGCACUAACGUUGCAAGACAAGCAUUUUAAACCAAAACCUUUCAACCUCUAGUGAUUUUGUCUGGAAUUUGGUCUGCUUUUUAGCGAUAACUCUGACUGUUUUAAAAUUUAUGUUGACCCAAAAGCACACCAUCUUUCAUUAUGUAUGUGUUCGUCUGUCUCUAGUAGGGUGCAUAGGAUAUAUGAACAUGAAAACCUCUCAAUCGUGGAACGUAUUUAAGGAACAGAAGAGGCCUCUUUUGGCCAGAUAUUAAUUACACACCUGCUUUCAUGUGACUGAAUUGUGUUACGCAUGAUAAAGUACUAUUUGCAAACUUCAGCAUGUUUUUGCUGUUGUCUGUAUACUAGAUCCCAGCCUAUAGUAGACAUCCAUCUGAAGGAGACCUAGUAAAAGUCAUUUUUAUUACGAUGAUUUCCUUUAUACCGGUUUGCUUGUAUUUUAAUUCUUUAAAAUGGAGUUCAGCAGUAAGUUACGGUUAUUUUCUAAAUGAUUUUAUUUAAGGCAACAUUUGAGUUUUUUUUAAUUCUCGAAUGGAUUUAAUUGCAGUGGUUUUGAGGCAGAAUAAAAAAUGUCAGCCUACCCUGAAAGAUGUAUAAAAAUGAACUGUAAAAUACAUAUUUGUCUGAAAAUAUUUAUAACAAUCAGAUGUAAGCUAGAGGUGUCUCAAAGCAUCUCUGUAUUGUAAAUCUUGGUCUUUUGGUCUGUUUAACCACCAAGUUCUGUUUUAGAACAUUCUGUAAAGUAAUAUUUUUAUGAAGGGUGGUUAGCGUUUAUUAAAG